CGACCGCCGUCGCGAACGGUCGUGCCGAUGUUGUGCGACCCGCGCCUCGUUAUAGACAUAACCGUAUUAAUUCUAUACUAUAAUUUAUUCCUAUACAAAGUGCUGGAUUACAUUCUUAUAAGCGUAUUGGACGUAAGCUGUCUGUUCAAUUUGGAAACGGACGAUGACUGAAAUGUUUUAAAUAUUAAUAAAUUAACUUAUUCAAUCUGUGAUAUAAUUUAUAUAUAUAUAAUGGAGGAGAAAAGCGGAGUCAUCACGAUACAUCAUAUGCGACUCCAUCGUUGUGAAGGCUGCCUCGCGGCCUGUCGGCCCGAGCGCGCCGCGGCCUCCUCUAGACGAAAUAUAAACAGAACAAACCAAUUGAAAAGAUCGAGAGCGUCGCCGUACACGACGUCCAUCAAACAGGAAUCCAAAAUGGCGGAGUCCACCCCCCCGACGCCCCCCGAGAAUAACGCGCCACCCAUGCCGUGGUUCGGUAUGGACAUCGGUGGCACCCUCACCAAGCUGGUGUACUUCGAGCCCCGCGAGAACAACAGGCGCGAGCUGGACAAGGAGACGGAGAUCCUGAAGAAUAUUAGGAGAUACCUCACAAGGAACUCCGCGUACGGCAAGACGGGCAGGAGGGACGGCCACUUGCAGAUGGACAACGUGACUAUCCGCGGGCGCCGCGGCACGCUCCACUUCAUCCGGUUCCCGACCAGCGAGGUUGGUGCCUUCCUCCAGCUGGCUCGCUCUAAGGGCAUGGCCGCUCUCGUCAACACAAUAUACGCUACAGGCGGAGGAGCCUACAAGUUCGAAGAGGACUUCAUCAAGGAGGUGAACAUGCGUCUAUCCAAGCUAGACGAGCUGGACGCUCUAAUAGCUGGUGUGCUGUUCGUGGAUGCCAUGAACCCUCAGGAGUGUUACUACUGGGCCCCGCCACAACCCCCACAUGAAGUUGACUCGCCGCCGUACCUGGAGGCGGCUCUGAGUCAGUACGUGAGGAAGCCGUUCGACUUCUCCAACCCCUACCCCUUCCUGUUGGUGAACAUUGGUAGUGGUGUGUCCAUGCUGGUGGUGAACGCGCCCAACGAUUACUAUAGAGUUAGCGGCACCAGUCUAGGAGGCGGUACGUUCCUUGGUCUGUGUUGUCUACUAGCCGGCUGCAGCAGCUUCGAGGAGGCCAUAGCUCUGGCAGCUUCUGGUGAUAAUACCACGGUGGACAAACUCGUCAGAGAUAUAUACGGAGGAGACUACGAGAGGUUCGGCCUGAGGGGCGACCUGGUAGCCAGCAGCUUCGGCCACAUGUGUUCGUCGCAGCGCCGCGCCAAGGUCUCCCGCGAGGACCUCGCGCGCGCGACGCUGGUCACCAUCACCAACAACAUAGGCUCCAUCGCCAGGCUAUGCGCCAGCAACGAACGACUGGAGAGGGUGGUGUUCUGCGGCAACUUCCUCCGAGUGAACCCUCUGUCCAUGAAGCUCCUAUCAUACGCCAUGUCCUACUGGUCGCGGGGGGCUCUGAAGGCACUGUUCCUGGAGCACGAGGGUUACUUCGGUGCAGUGGGAUGCUUGCUCCGCUACGACUUAAAGAACCACAGGAAAGAAAAUGUAUCAAGGAACGACACACCCGAGAGACAGAUGGAUAGAUGAAUAUAUGUAUAUGUGUAUGUGCAUGUAUAUAUAUGUACAUGUAUACAUGUAUAUAUAUAUAUAAAGAUAAAUAAUAUUAAAAAUAUUAUUAAAAUAUAUACAUCCUUAUCAUUUAACAUACAAGCAGCUGUAAACAAUCAUUAUUAUGCAAAAUAUAGAGAACCUUAUCCGUACUUAUGAUAAGAGAAUGGUUUUAUUUCAUUAGACAUUUGUAUGACAAACGAUACCGGUGACGAAUAGUUCUAAUCCAAGCGACCUGUUGUACGUUGACCACAGAAUUAAACCUCAACAAUACAUAUAUAUAUAUAUAGGAAUUUUUAUUUUAUAUAUAAUUGUUAAUAUUAGGCACAAAUUUAUAUUUAUUUUUUGUUUAUUUCGCUAGAUCUUGCAACUCGUCUCUUGUGGAACGCGUGACGUUGUUAGCUGUAUGUAUAAUAGCAAUAAAAACGACUUAACAGUUUUAAAUGUGAAUGAUAUUUUUAUAAACCGCAGCAAUGAGGUCUAAGGUUACAAUUUUAUCCCGAGUUUGAGAGCUGUAUAGUGUUACAGUCAUUUAGAUCGCGGGGGUGGGUUAGGUGAUGUAUCCGUGCCUAUGUUAGGUUCCUGGCUGACGUAACCUGAUUUUUGUUUGAGUAUAUUUAGAGCCCGGCGGUAUUAUGUAAUGUUUUAUAAGAUUUUAUAAUGACAAGUUCAUAAAAACGCUAGAAAAAAUAAAAAUAUUAGAAGCUUAACACGAGUUGUCAAAGUACUGUCAAAUAAACAAAAUGGCGGGCGGGUAAUGUUCAGAAAUAAAAUAAAAAAAAAAUCUGUUAAGAUUGAGGUUAUUUAUCAGGGUUAUAAUUUUUAUAUUUAUAUGUUAAUUUUGUUGAAAGGGCUUAUUUUAUAUAAUAAAUAAAUUAUGAUAAA